AGCCCCUAUCCUGCUAGUGUGCAAACGGAUUUCCUCCGAUGCAUUUUUCCCUCCCCCAAGUCUCUCUGAAACCAACAAGACUGGGGUUAUGAAGUCAAUCCUAGAUGGCCUCGCAGAUACAACUUUCCGAACAAUCACGACAGAUCUCCUUUACGUGGGCUCCAACGAUAUCCAAUACGAAGACAUGAAAGGCGACAUGGCAUCCAAGCUGGGAUACUACCCCCAGAAGUUCCCUCUCUCCUCCUUCAGGGGUGAUCCUUUCCAAGAAAAAAUGACUGUGGGAGAUGAUCCCCUGUUGAGCAUUAUUCCCUCAGAUCAGGUCAACAUCACAGAGUUUUACAACAAGUCCCUGUCCACGUUUAAGGAUAAUGAGGAGAACAUACAGUGUGGGGAGAACUUCAUGGAUAUGGAGUGCUUUAUGAUCCUGAACCCCAGCCAGCAGCUGGCCAUCGCCGUGCUGUCGCUCACCCUGGGCACCUUCACGGUCCUAGAGAACCUUCUUGUCCUGUGCGUCAUCCUCCACUCCCGAAGCCUCCGGUGUAGACCCUCCUACCAUUUCAUCGGCAGCCUGGCUGUGGCCGACCUCCUGGGCAGUGUGAUUUUUGUCUACAGUUUUGUGGAUUUCCAUGUUUUCCACCGGAAGGACAGCCCCAACGUCUUCUUGUUCAAACUGGGUGGAGUUACAGCCUCCUUCACCGCCUCCGUAGGUAGCCUUUUCCUCACGGCAAUAGACCGCUACAUAUCUAUACACAGGCCACUAGCUUACAAAAGGAUUGUUACCCGACCAAAGGCUGUCGUAGCGUUUUGUGUGAUGUGGACCAUCGCUAUUGUAAUAGCCGUUCUUCCUCUGCUCGGCUGGAACUGCAAAAAGCUCAAUUCCGUUUGUUCGGACAUAUUCCCUCUCAUCGACGAGACAUACCUGAUGUUCUGGAUCGGGGUCACCAGCAUCCUCUUGCUGUUCAUUGUCUAUGCCUACAUGUACAUACUGUGGAAGGCUCACAGCCACGCUGUUCGCAUGAUUCAGCGGGGCACGCAGAAAAGCAUAAUCAUUCAGUCUACGGAGGAUGGUAAGGUACAGAUCACUAGGCCUGAUCAAACUCGAAUGGACAUCAGGUUAGCCAAAACCUUGGUCCUUAUCCUAGUCGUUUUAAUCAUAUGCUGGGGCCCUCUCCUCGCCAUCAUGGUGUACGAUGUCUUUGGGAAAAUGAACAAGCUCAUCAAGACUGUCUUUGCCUUCUGUAGCAUGCUCUGUUUGCUGAAUUCAACAGUGAAUCCCAUCAUCUACGCUCUGAGGAGCAAGGACUUGCGACACGCCUUCCGCAGCAUGUUCCCCACCUGCGAAGGAACCGCGCAGCCCCUCGAUAACAGCAUGGAGUCUGACUGCCAGCACAAACACGCCAACAACGCGGGGAACGUGCACAGGGCUGCCGAGAGCUGCAUUAAGAGCACAGUUAAGAUUGCCAAAGUUACCAUGUCUGUCUCCACAGACACGACUGCUGAAGCGUUGUAAG